GACUUACUGAAUAUGCAUAAAAAAUUUCACAAGAAUCAGUUGAGCCGUUUCGGAGGAGUAUGGUAACGCUGUGUAAGCGAAUUUCUGUUUCAUGAACCACCCUAAUUACACUGACCUAGUACGUAAGCUGUAGAGCUUUUGUAAUGUAUUAGACACAUACUGUCCUUAACCGCGACGGCAUUUCACGACUUACUUUCGCACGAAGCACUUGAAAUAAUCUUCAUAUAUAUUGUACAAAUAAAUUUUCGUGAGCCACGCUGGUGUUAGUGAAAAUAUAAUGGAAAUAUGGAUACCGGGAAACCAUGCCUAGUCGCGCAGUGAGUCGCGGCCCUAUAAUUGGCGAAGUCAGUAUGGCUGACAAUCCCUUCGCGACCUUUGAGUCGCUCACACAAGCCGGCAUCAUAGCGGUGAUCGGAGUAGCUAUCAUCAUAUCCAACUUACUUAUCAUAGUAGCCUUCCUUAAUUUCAAAGGUCUAUCGAACGAGGUGAUAAACUACUACUUGCUGUCGCUGGCCGUGGCAGACCUUCUGUGCGGUGUGUUCGUGGUGCCUCUCUCGAUAUACCCGGCCAUCACCGGUCGCUGGAUGUUCGGGGAUCUGAUGUGUCGGCUCGUCGGCUACCUUGAGGUCACUCUCUGGUCCAUCUCGGUUUACACCUUCAUGUGGAUCUCGGUCGAUCGUUACCUCGCCGUUAGGAAACCGCUCCGUUAUGAGACGGUUAGUCUGACGGUGCAAACGCGCACAAGAAGUCAGUGCUGGAUGGUCUUUACGUGGAUCUCAGCGGCCAUGCUGUGCUGUCCUCCCCUUCUGGGCUACAAAAAGGAUGCAAGCUUCGACAAAGAGACUCUGAUUUGCAUGCUCGACUGGGGGACUACUUAUGCUUACACUGCAACAUUAGCCAUGCUCAUACUUGGCCCUAGCGUCAUAUCAAUCGUCCAUAAUUAUUGGUAUAUAUUUGCCAUGAAGAGAAAGCUUAACAGCGGAGUACCCAUACACGACAAGGAGUACGCGACCGCUUUGGCAGAGAAUUUAGCUAAUCCCAGCCAUUGGAUGAGUUUCGUAAUGGUCACCACGUUCUGGUUGAGCUGGGCCCCAUAUACUGGUGUCAGGAUGUACGAGUAUUUCACGGAUCAGGAAUUAAAGAUGCCCAUGUUGCACUUCGGCAUGGUCUGGCUGGGAAUACUUAACUCUUUUUGGAAAGUCAUAAUCCUCGUAUCCCUCAGCCCGCAGUUUCGUCUAGCGUUACGCAUCUUAUGUCUGACAGCCUGCUGCCGGUCGAAAGGUCGAUUGCAGGCGGCACUAGUGGAACUGGACAACGAUGACUAGGAAUUAAUGGAGUGUUGUGUAGUGAUGAGAUCUCAGACGUGAUAUAAGCAAUAUUAGGUCGCUCAGAUGCGAUGUCGACUGUUAAGUAGGUUAGGACUGCCUUGUUAGAUUUCAUCCGGAAAUCUCAUAUAUGAUUAAAUUUUAUCAAUUUAUUGACAAUAAUAAUUAAUUUUGUAACACUUAUACAUUGAUCAUAUCAUUUAUAUAAAUAUGUUGUUUGUCUUUAACACGAGAAUGUAUAAGUGGUGAAAUAUGUUUCAAUUAGAGUAAUACGUUUGAAGGUAUUGUUGUGAUAAUUAUAGAGUAUGUACUUACCCCUUGAGUUUUAUAUAGGAACUGUCGGCUAAUCUUCAUAACAUAAAUCAAACAUAAAGCGAAAACUGUAGUGGAAGGUUUAUUUAAAGCACUGCCCUUCCCUGAUUCGCUGACAUUGGAAAAUGGAGAGGUAUUGAGAUUGGCCGAUACAUGAUCGUACUCGAAAGCCCAAAAUGAAAAAGCUCAUAAUAUUAAUUAAACAAUAUUCAAAUUAUUCGUCAGUAAUAAAGUCGCCGGUUCGAGGUAGAUUAGAGAUUGCUGUCUUAUUUCACGAUGCAGGCUAACAUGGCCUUGUAUACAGUUGCAUGACAAAAGAGCCAAAUUCUAGUGAAAUGUAGAAUAUUAUGUUGCGGUAUUUUUGAAGUGAAACUUCUUUAUCUACGUUGGAAAAAAUUUUACGUACGUCACAUUUUUCCAUUACGCGCCAUCUUUUUCUUGUCCGGCGAUAUCGGAUCCAAUUCAUUGAUUAGUUGCAAGAUUUGUUGUUUGUGAAGUUUGCCUACCUCUGAAAACUAACUUCAGGCUUACCGCAACGUACUGUUAUUUAUAUUGGAUAAUUUUUUCACAAUAUAUUUAAUAAAUAUUGCAGUAUUUAAUUUAGUUACAAAUAGAAAUUAUGCUUUUAAAUCAUUAUUAUUUAUGUCAAAAACCGUGUAGUGCGUUCAUAAAAUGUAUAAAAUUUAUAUUAAUAACAAAAAUAUAUAAUAACGAUAACAAUGAUAGUAAUAAUUCUAUAACAAUUAAUCAAAUUCUGGAAAAAUCUUAGUAGUAAUAAGGUAAAAUUAAAUAAUUGUAUUAUUUGUUUUCAAGUUUAUAAUAUGUAAAGGCCUUUUGUUAAACUUUAUCUAAUUUAACUUUAACUAACCAAUUUCUGUAAAGUUGCAUAUAUUAGAAUCUAAUGAUCUAAUAAUUAGAUCAUUUUUCAAAAAAUAAGGUCAUAAAGAGGUUUCACUUCUUACGUGUGUACACUAGAACACGCACACAUUUUUUUUAUACAAUCUAAAAACGUACUUAAGAAAAGUGAUACAGUUAUUAUUUUAUACGGAUACUAUGUCGCUUGUUAUUUUCUUAUUUUCAAUGUGGGACAUGGAAAAAUGUGAUCGCGUAGAUUUAUUAUACAUAUUGUAGAAGUAAUUGUUUUUAUAACAUUACCACUAUUAACAGAUAUUGGAUAGGCACGUCUUUUGUAAAGGCAUCUUCAGUGGCCAUUAUGCACAGUUGGACUGCAUAACACGACAUAGACUUUGUGUGUUAAGAUAGCACUUAUUAAAAUUAUAUUCAACCAGUCUAAAGUUGAUUACCGUUAAAAUUCUUAGAAAAAUAUCAUCUAUGUAUUUGGCAUAGCCUUUCAAAGGAAUUCAUAAGCGUCUGUAGCCUUAAUUAGUUUUAUACAGACAUAUGACAAAAUAUUCAUUCAGCUAUUUGCGUUUAUCAAUAAGGAUAAGUUAUGACAUAUUCUUUUUGACUAUUUGAGUGUUUUUUUACAUCAAAAACCUGAAGUAGCACAUGAGUUUUUUUAGUAUAAUGAUAUCAUCUAAAUGUGUAUAUGUACGCGAUGGUUGCCAUUUUGAUAACUUUAUAAUAUAAUGUUAAAAAUACGUAAUAUUAUAUUAAAAAUAAUCAAUAUAAGAAGAAUAAUAGAUGAGUGAGACGUUACGUACGACAUAAUUUACCACCAGCCUGUAUAAAAUUAGAAGGUUGAUUUAAUUUUUUAUGUGAAAAUUUAAGUAAAUUUGAUUGCAAAAAAUUAUAAACGGUAAUCCGCUGAAGACUGUAUAAUUUAUAGUUGUGAUUUUUGUACAUCUAACUGUUACUAGAUAAUUUUGAAUCGCUAUAAAUAAUGCCAUAUAAAUAUUAUAAGAAUAAUAAUACGCUUAAUUUAUAAUAGACAAGUUAA